CGUCGGUCGGACUCGGCUGUUUUAUUUUGUUUCGUAUGUUGAUCGUUUGUACACGCUUACACGUGUAUUGUGUAGGAGUAAAUCACAUUUUAGUCAGCAAUUCUAUUAUGUUGCAUUAAGCUGGUUGAGAUAACGAAAAAGGUUCAUAUUUUUUAAACAAUCACACCCGCAAGAAUGAAACGAGCUUGGAAAAGCAAAGAGUAUACUCCACAAAAAAAAAGUGGAACUCCAGAACCUGAAACUUCUCAUCAACUGAUGGCUCAAUCUUCAGAAACAGCUGGUAUGCUGAAACUAAUUGUGCUAGAAAAUUUUUUAUGUCAUGAUCAUCUGAAAGUGGAAUUUAACAAAAAAAUUAAUUUCAUCAUUGGAAAAAAUGGCAGUGGAAAAAGUGCAAUCCUUACAGGAAUAGUAGUUGCUCUUGGUGAAAGAGCUUCAUCCACAUGUCGUGGUCAAAGUUUAAAAGAGUUUAUCAAAACUGGAAAAUCCAAAGCUGUUGUCUCUGUUACUUUGCUAAAUAAAGGGAAGGGUUCCUACAAGCGAAACACUUUUGGUGAUACCAUAACAAUUGAACGAACAAUCAAUGCUUCAGGAAGUGGAGGAUACAGAAUUCUCAACGAACAUCGAAAACUCAUCAGCAAAAAGCAUAGUGAUCUAGACAGAAUCCUCGCUCAAAUGAAUAUCCAAGUAGACAAUCCUGUGUGCAUUUUAAACCAAGAGACAGCGAAGAACUUUUUGCACAACAACGACGCACAGCAGAAAUACAAGCUGUUUGAACGUGCAACACAAAUUGAUGCUAUACAUAACGAGUAUUUAGUAGCAAAGGAAGAGAUAUCAACAAGCAAGUCUUGCUUGGAAGGAAAGUUGCAGAGUUUGAAAUUUUUACAUGCUGAUGUGAAUAAAUGGAAGACCAAAAAGGAAUGGUAUGAUGCAAUCAAUAAAGUCCAUGACAAGAAAGAACAAUUACAAAACGAAAUACUUUGGGCACACGUUGAAGGUUUCGAGAAAAAAGUGACUAAAGCAUUACAAAAGAAGAAGAAUCAGCUGUCGGAAAUUGAAAAGACUCGUGAGAGAAUGCAGGAACAAGAACAACAAUUAUUUAAAUUGCAAGAAAAGUUUCAAACACACAAAGUCGACGCCGUCGAUAAGAAAAAACAGGUACAAAUGGCUAGAGAAAAAUUCGUUGUUGUUGAUAAACAAUUAAUCGAAAUGAAGAAUCGGAAAAAAACGUUUCAGCAUGAUCUUGGGCAAUUGGGCACUGAAAAGCAACGUCUCAUGAAAGAUAAGACAGAUUUAAUCAAAGAAAUUGAAAAUUUAAAGAAGACUUACGGCGACAGCGAACAUGCUCAAGAAAAGGCGAGACGAGAAACUAGUUUACAUCAGUUAAAGGAAAAGUUUGAAUCUUUUGAUUCAUCGCGAAAAGUUUCUGAACAUCAGGUCGAACAGCUAAAAAAUGCUUGUAUUCAAUUGAGGAAUGAAACUGUGGAUGUGAAGAGUGAAUCAACGCGUUUUCACAAUAGCUUAGAAAAUAAGAAAAAGACACUGGCUCAGCUCCAAAAAUCAGAUUCAAACUCAUGUGCAGUCUAUGGGGAUUGGGUCCCUAAAUUGCUUCAAAGAAUUGACAAAACGUCGUUUAGGGGAUCAAAGCCUAAAGGGCCAAUCGGUUCUUACAUUAAACUUCGAGAUAGAUCUUGGGCACCUGUAGUAGAGCAUUAUUUUGGACAGAGGCUUUCAUGUUUUGUUUGCUCCAAUGAUGAAGACGCGAAGUUACUCCAGAAAAUAGUUCACGAGGAGGUGCCGCGAAACGGACAAGCUCCAAAAAUUCUUGUUUCGUGUUCGAAUGGCCAGAUUCAUGACGUUAGAGAGCACAAAGUUCAUUGCAGUGAGGAAUUGCUAAGCAAAGAUAUCCAUUGUUUAAUGGAUAUGUUGAUAAUUGAUGAUAACGAUGUUACGAACGUCCUGAUAGACUUAAACGGCAUUGAACAAGUUCUCCUCGUUGGUAAAGACCGAGAUGCGUGCUAUUUAUUGGCGGAUUCCUCUCGAGUGCCUUAUAAUUGCAAAAGUGCGAUCACCAAAGAAGGAAAUACUUAUCAUCCGGAUCCAAAUUAUCGUUCUUACUGUGGAAGAGUAAGAAAUACGGCAAGAUAUCUUCAAGCUUCGGUGGAAGACGCAAUUCGGAAUUUACACCAAGAAAUUGAAAACCUGCAACGCGAUGAAAUAAGAAUCGGUCAACUCUUCAAAAACCUCAGUAUGCAAAUUCAAAAUAAUGAAGGACAGUUAAAACACGAAGAAUCAAAACUCUCGUCAACGCGCAAAGAAAUAAUUGAUAUUGUUAUGAAAAAAAGGGCGAUCGAGGAAGAAAAUGUCGAAGGCAAUUCUACGGAUGUUCUGGCUUUGGAAGAAGAUUUAGUUGACGUGGAAAAGAAGUUGGAAAGGAUUGAUGAAGAUUUCCAAACCAAGAAUGACAAUUUCGAAGAACUAAAGCGCGAGUUGGAAAAAUUACAGCAAACAGCUGACCAGCACCAGACCACUAUUUCUUCUUUGAUGACAAACAGAGGGCCAUUGCAGGAAUCGUUUAGAUUAAAUGAAUUUCAGCAACAGAACAUCAAGGAGAAAAUUGAUAAGUUAUCUACUAAGCUUACCAGCAUGCAAUCAAAUUUUGAUGCUUUUGAAUCAGAUUAUGAAGAAGCUAGGGCUAAAGCAGAAUCGGAAGCCGCGUUGUCUGCACAGGCAUCCUCUCGUGUACUAGUGACUAAAUCUUUAAAGAACCUUUAUUCAGAAUUAAGACAAUUAGAGAAGGAAGUCGUUGCACAAGAAAAGGAAUUAGGAUCUCGUGACCAUGUUUUUGCAGAAUAUCGAAGGCGCAAAGCAGAUUAUGAACGAGCGUACUUGGAAGUCACCAGAGUACAGAGUUCUUUAGGGAAAAUUAUGGACAUGAGCAAGAAGCGUAAAGAUUUCAUUAGCGUAUUUCGCGAUUGCAUCGAAUCAAGAACAUUCAAAAUAUUUCGGGCCCUUUUGAGAACUCGUCACUAUAGUGGAAAAAUUUCGUUCGACCACAGUAAAAAGACACUUUCAAUGAUAGUUGUUCCACCUGGUCGUGAUGAAUCCUCUCAACCGGCUAAACGCGGUCGUGAAAGUGGUGCAACCGACAUUCGAUCCUUAAGCGGUGGGGAACGGUCUUUCACGACGAUUUGCUUCAUUUUGUCCUUGUGGGAGGCCACCGAAAGCCCAUUCAGAAUCCUCGAUGAGUUUGACGUAUUUAUGGACCACGUUAAUCGGUCGCUCUGCAUGGAGUUAUUAGUUACUGAAGCAAGUGAGAAAUCAGGCCGUCAAUUUGUUUUUCUCACGCCACUUGGAGUGGAUAACCAACAAUUGAAUAAUAUGAACGACUUAUUCAUUUUCAGGAUGGAUGAUCCUGAUCGUCGUGAGGAAAGUAAUCCUGUUUGAUUUUGAAACCUGCUUUUCGUUCUGUUACGUUACUGUUUCAAACGAAUCCGUUAUAAACUACAAAUUACGAUCCAUA